AUGGCUUUACUUAGGAGCUGUACGAAUGCUCUAGUGCCCCAGGUCUUUGCAUAUGGGUUAGACGAUCAAAACUCAGUCACAAGUCCCUUCAUCCUGCUUGAGUUUCUCCCAGGAAGUACAGCCAUGGACGAAGCACGCCCCUACAAUAUCACAGAUGGAGACCCGGUCCCAAAUCAGUUCCGGCAAGCGUUCUACCGCUCGAUGGCCACGACUCAUGCGAGUUCAAUCCUCCUUAGCCAAACAAAAAGGGUUCAGAUUGCGUCGGCGCGUUUGCCCCAGAUCGGGAGCGUUUCUCGGAGUCAAGAUGGCAGUUUCACAGUUGGUCCAAUCCCGGGGCUUGGCGGGCCCUUCAAUACAGCAGCAUCUUUCAUUCGGGCAUGGUCCGCCAACGUUAAGUACCCCUACCAGAGGAAGUACCUCCAAGAACAUGUGCCUGACGCAUUUCUCGAUGAGAUCUUGGCGGGGGCUGAAGAAUUUCCGAACCGACUAGCUAGACUGGCUGACAAUGGCAAGCAUUUCAUUCGCGAUGGGCCUUUUCCAAUUCGACAUCCUGAUCUCUUCCAUAGCAAUGUCAUCGUAACCAAGAAUUUCGAUGUGCUAGGAGUCAUCGAUUGGGAGGGUGCUUGUACUGUACCCUGGGAGCUGAUAGAUUCCCCGUGUUUUCUUACCACAGUACCACGCCUUCUCAAUCCACCGGAAUUAUAUGAUGAAGCAGGUUACCCGCUGGAUAAAGAUGUUGCAAGGAAAUGGGAAGAUGGCAAGGCUUAUGUGACAAUGGUGCAAGAGGCAGAGCGAGAUGGCAACACAGAUUCCAACUUGUCGGAUAUUCUAGGCAAUAGAGAUGUUCAAGACUUGGCCGGCAUCAUCCAUUUAUUUGCACAGGGGAAAAUGGGAUUCUAUGGUCGAGCUUUAGCCUAUUUUGAAAUCAAUUAA